AAGGAAAAGAAUCCUGAAGUUGACCACGAACUGUUUCUUCAAGCUUUUGAAAAGCCAACACAGAUCUACCGUUAUUUGAGAACAAGGAGCAUUGUCCUGGUAAUAACUGUUUCAAAGUUUUUUUUCCACCAUUUUUAGCUAUGGUUUUAGUAUUUCUUUAGUUGUGCAGUCUUUUCUUUACUGUAGAAUGUUAUGCUUAGCGUGCUUGUAAACUUGGUUUACACAAUCAGGAGUUGCUCUCCCUUUGUAUGCCUUGUUGGUCGUCCAUGUCUUUGAUGAUUUGAUUACUUUUAUGUGUAAAGUUUGAGAUUAGGAAUAAGGAUGGCUUGUAAUUUGGCUUGUGAAUAUGAAGUAUUGUGAACCCGGCGGUAGAGAAGGUUUAUUGUUCAAAGUAAUAAAUUAUAAGGUGUUACCAUUAAGUUAAGUCUUUAUUUAAAAGCAUUUUCUUAAUGUUACCCUGAGAAUUUGAUUUGGUGCUACACUAAAACCUAGGUAUAAUGUUCACAGCUUAAUUUGUACUCAUGGAUGUAAUAUUCUCUUUCUGAAGCUCCGAGGCCCAUUUGAUGUUUUUACUCUUUGAAAGCUUCGUCUAAAAUAUACAUGCUUUACACCUACUUACGGUAUAAUGUUCACAUUUCGAGGGAUUUUAGUGAACAAAAGUCCCUGCACUACAUACAUUUGUACAUUGGUAGAGAAUAAAGAACAUGGGUGUCUCUUGUUUUCAUGUAGUAAUCACCAGUUUUUGAAUGACAGUCUUCUGCUCUGUCAUAAAUUCAUGACCCUGCCGUAUUUUGUUUUUCCUUUUCAGCCUAUAUUUCUUCCACGCACUCUCUCAUAUAUGAAACACAGACGAUCUGUUCCCAAUACUAAAAGGAAGACUUUUAAGGUUGAUUCUAUUCUGGGUUCUGUGGAGUCAAAAUUGGACAAACAGUUUGCAAAGCAAAGGUUGAAGCAUGAGACCCUGAAACUGACAUUUGAAGGAUUUCACAUUGCUGAAUUUGCCACUGAGGCAGAGUAUGCUGAUGUAGAAGUGUUACUUCUGAGAAUAUGCCAGAAAAAAAGAAAGGAGUCCUCUCUUCCCAUCAUGCCAAGCAGUUUGGCCAAACUGCGGGUGCCCGUGAAUCCAAAGUCCUCGGCAACCUACCCUGAUCAAGUCCUGGACAUCCCUGGGGACGUGUUUGCCUUCAAGAACGGCCAUGUGGUCCGCUCACACGUGCUCAUGUUCCGAGUGCAGUGCACAACGCUGAGAGAGGCCAGUAGCAUUGGUGUCAAUGGAGAGACCCUCUCACCUUCUGAACCACCAAUCAAACGGCGCAGAAACGGCAGAAUCUCCUCACUUGAAGAAGAGGUGUUGACUUUCUGCCGCGAGCUUGUUGUGUUUGACAAGAGUCGUCGCAGCCUUCUAGUCCCCGGGGAGUAUGAGCUGGGUGUGCAGACUGCUGAUGGCAUGGAGAAGAUGAAGCUCAACAAAGUGUGGGAGUCUUUUAAUGGAAAGAAUGUUCGCCCUCUGGAGCUGUUUAGUGACUACCCAACUCUUAAAUUCUCCCUGGCCUGGGCUGAUGGUGAUAAUUCAAACAAAAAGUUGGACACCGACUGGAGCUCCCCCUCCCGAGUACCCCCGCCUAGCUGUGAUCUGAUUGAGGGAACCUCCGACUUCUCUACUGCAUUUGAGAAAUCCGAAACACUUCUCUCUGAAGGGCUUAGAUCUGAGUACACGUGCCCUAAGCCUCGGGACAACGGCCUGGAGACCCCGCGCAAACGCCUGCGCGUCUUCUACCAGUUUACACACAACAACUCCACACAGCAGGAGACGGAGGCCCGCGAGGAUCUACGCUGUCCCUGGUGCUGUCUCUCCUGCCAACAGCUGUACAGCCUGCUCAAACACUUGCGGCUCUGCCACUCUCGCUUCAACUUUUUGUACAUACCCCACCCUAAAGGUGCCCGCAUAGAUGUGUCAAUCAACAAUCGCUAUGAUGGUUCAUAUGUCGGCAAUCCUCAAGACAUUCAUUCCCAUGUAGGUUAUGCCUUCAACCGUACCAACCCGGUCAGACGCACUCCGGUCACCCAUGUUAUAGUCUACAGACCAAAACGGCCUCCUCCAUCACUGGCCGAGUUCCAGGAGGUGGAGUCUGAUGCCGGCCUCAUGCGACAGCUCAUACAGGGACACAAUAGGUUGUACUUCCACACGGUCACCUGCCAGCCAGUUCGGCCUCAGGAACUGGACAAUGAAGGACAAGAAGAGAGUCACCCAGGAUGGCUGAAGGAGAAGACAGUCAUGAUGAUUGAUGAGUUCACAGAUGUUAAUGAAGGAGAAAAGGAACUUAUGAAAAUGUGGAAUUUACACGUCAUGAAGAAAGAAUACAUUGGGGAUUGUAUGGUACCGAGAGCAUGCCACACAUUUGUUGAGGAACAAGGGGCGCAAGUUGUACAGAAAAAUCUAUGCCGCAACUUCCUCCUUCACUUGGUCAACCUGAAUGACUUUGGCCUGAUUCGGCCAGAGAUCGUGCAGAACACGUUUGCCAUGCUUGAGCAUGUUCGACACCAGAUUUCCUCACAGGCCAAAAAGUCUUGAUGAUUGCCCCAGCCCUACCUAUGGCAACGUCUAGGAUUUUCUUCACAAUGGCAGUCAAACAUCUCCCCUCUACUCCCCACCCUCAUUCCCGAUGGAGUGCGGAUCCUGAAAAAAAAAAAUUGCUGUUGCAAGGAUCGCUCCUUCCUCCCCUCGCUGGUGUGCUCCUCUUGGCCAAUGGUCAGGGACCAGCCCUUGCAUACUGCGGUAUCAUAACUGAGAGCAUCUCAUUUUGGCUCAUUUAGCUCUUUGAACAAAAUUUUCCUUUACAUUGUGCAGGAAUUAAUUGAAGUUAUGAUGUGAUGUUCCUUUACUUUCUUCGUAAUUUGUCCAGUGUUUGAAUGACUUUAUUACUGACCACGUCGUAGCAUUUGUUUUUUGUAAGUUUGAUUGGAUUGCUAAAGACCAUGGUUUUAGGCUUACAUGCUUCAAUUGGAAAGUGAAAUUCUCUCAAUUUGAAGCAAUAGGCAUGAUAAGAUGCCUUUAUUUCUCUCAGUUGUCUGGCACACGACUGCACAAAGCACAAGUUUUGUGGUAGUUGUGUCCGAAGAGUAGCUCUCAGCUGGUCCAAGAAUAGCACAGUGUCAGAAAAAUGCAUUUGUUUCUGCAGUAACCUGCAUGACAGAACAGUUGUUACUGCUAGGGGUCUUUCACUGGUUAUUGAAGGAUACAGGACUGUUAGUCCUAAUUUUUUAGUAUUCCCUCACCACCACCACCACAAGGACUUUAAGAUGAAAAUAUAAUGGCCACGGUCUUGAGGGCAUACUCCAAUGUUGGAUAUUAGUGUGUCUGAGUAUGUCUUUCUUUUUUUGCUCUCAUCAGUGAUGGUAAGCGUGUCUGAUUGCUGCAUUUAAUCUUCAUUUGUAGCAAGGAAUGCUGCGUAGACAAUGCAAUGCACAUUAUAUUAUGUUUAUUAUCUUUUGUUGCCAAUGAUAAUGAUGGUGAUAGAUUACUGAUUGUUUGUGUACAGAUUCAAAUACGACGUAGCAGUGGUUGUUGUGUUUAGUGGAGUUGGAACAUCAGGCCAUUGUCUUGUAUAACCAGACUAGUCCUUUGUACUGUGUACAUGUGUAAAUUUAUUCGUCGUCUUCGGCACAACUUCAGUGUCAAAAUCUCUUGCUAAACUGAAGCAUCUUUAGUUGAGAGAAUGUGGGUCCAACUUUGUCCUGGAAAUGCUCUGUGAAUGAAAGAAUGGAAGCGUUGAAAGUUUUUUUUGUGUUUUUACUUUUUAGCCAGUUUUGUUCAUUACGAAUACUAGAAACAUUUCUAAGAGCUGCGGACAAUGAAUGAAGUGUAACUUGCUCGUUCUUGGUUCUCCCCAGUCUCUUUUCAAUGUUUUGAGAACAUCAGGGAAAAGCGGUGUGUAUUUUGUUGGAUUCUGACAAUUGUUUUCUUUCAUAAUCGUAAAUCACUUGAACGCUGUGCACUUAUUUGUUCACAUUAUAGUAAAUUUGUGAUUUAAAGAUUGCGGUAAGCUCUUCAAAUUUUGAUGACUUGGGGUGAUUGUGAAACGAGAGUGAUGAAAGACCUAUAAGAACAAUUAGUUGAUGGUUUCCCUUUGUAACCACACUACCUCGUUUGAUGUCAACCUACAUGCAGUGCCAGUGUGGAUUGUUGCAGUUCUCCAAUAUCAAACUGUGGCUCCGUGAAGAAGAAUAGCUUCAAAAUGGCAGCACUUCAGUAUGUCAUAUCACCAUCAGUACCGGUGCUCAAGAUAACCUUUGUCGGCAGCACAGACCAGACCAGAACUUUCCAUCGCCACUUUCCUUCUGGGUCUCAAUUCGUAAAGAGUGAAGCCGAGUUUGCACUGAGAUACAUCAGGCAUUCAACUGGCAAGAGACUUACCUUUUCAUGUUUUCAUGAAUGCAACAAUCUGCCAAAGCCCCACGGGCAAGUUUUCGUCAACUGAUUCAGUAUUUUAUGGAUGGGUAUACUGUUGUACUUCCAGAUCAGCAUUAAGUGCCCGGUAUACGUCUGACCUCAAAAAUGCCUAAUCACAAGACCAGUGUACCUGAGACUUCUCACUUAACCUGUUUCAUGCUUAAUUCAGGUUAUACUUACCAUUCCUGUUUUUAAAAAAAAGUGUUUUUAAAAAAAUGAUGCCUUUGUCUUGAGAGUGCAGUUUUUUUGUUUUUCUCAUUGUCAGUUUGAAUGUUCAGCAGGUGUUUCUGUUGUCUCCAAGUGUAAGUUUCUGAAUUUUAGUAGGAGCAAGGUACAGAUGCAGAAGAUUACAUGUAAAACUUGUGUUCACAUGUUGUUGCUAUCUUUUUAUGUGACCUCAAGAACUUAUCUUAUAGGUCUUCGAUGAACUGUAGAACAUAUUGAUAUAGUUUGUACCGUGUGGCAUUGCAUGAGUGGUGAAAUAUUUGAAUAUUGUUUUCUAUCUCACCAAAUUUUUAGUAUUGUUGCCUUAGUCUUCAGUUUGAUGUAGGGCAGACACCUUAUCAGAAUUGGCAUAUUAUGUUCUUGAUGAUAGAAUUAAAGUUACUAGGCAAGAUUCUUAUCUCUGCAAAUUUUUGUUUUUUGAAUAGGUGGGUCAUCAACUCUUUGCAUUCUCACACAUUCAUGUGAAGUCACUAUGGUGUGUUGUACUUUUCUUAUUUUCUUCUCUUUGAAAACAUUUUUGGCGUAAUGCAAUAUAAUUUAUAUGUACAGCUGUCAGUUGUUUUCUCCCCCCCUGGUGCCUAUAUGAUGUUGUGAUGGAGACUUCCUGAAAUGACAAUUUCAAACUGUGUGUGUGUAUUUCUUGGAUGUAUGUUGAGGGUCUGGUGGCUGAACUUAGAACAUCACGAAUGAAAGAUUUUUGUUUUUCAGGUUGAUGUUUAUUUGGUCGUGGAUUUCGUUUUUUGCUGCUCCAUAAAUAAUUUAAGUACAUUUUUGAUCUUGAGGAUUUUUAUCAAGAGAAUGCUGGACUUGAUGUAUAUUUUACAUAUGUAUAGAAAUUUAUCUGUGGGUUGGCUGUUCGUGUUUUUUGACAGGGUCAUGUUCAAAAUGUAAAAAUUGGAAAAUCAAUUGCAUUGUGAAAGGUGUUGAAGUUUGAUUGUAAGAGUUAAAAGUGUUUGUGUUACAAUUUCUACAGUUAUGAAUAAUUCUUCGUGCAUUUCUCCAGACUAGUACUAGUACUACUAUUAAUAUGUUUUUGUCCAACCUUAGGGACCAAGAUUUAUCUGUAAUAUUUGCAUGCAGCAAUGAAGGUGGAGAAUUAUUGAAUGUACCUCCACUUUGCAUGGCUCCCGUGACUUGUGGUGUUGUGUUUGCGCACACCUACACGUCCUUCAUUUUCUUCACCUGAUCGCCUCGCAAUGCUGAAGAAAUGGCAGGGUGGUGGUGGGAGUCUUCAGGCAGCAGAUGAGUGUGUCCUACAGAAUGAUGUGUGGGGAUGGCACUGCACUGAAAUAUAUUUUGUUGUUAUUGGGUUUUUUUUCAAAGUACAGUAUAACACAGAUAGGUCGAACACUGAAGACUCGAAAUCACACCUCCGUUGAACUGUGCCUGCGGUCCUGUUUUUUCUUCUUUAUCUAUGUAAGAUAUCCCUCGAACUACGGAUCCCUCAAACUACCAUGGCUGAUCCAGACGAAUUCAGCUAUCCGUCUUAUACUGUAGUAAUAACAUAAUAAUUUCUCUCUGCCCUUUGGACCAGACACAUUUUUUUUCUUCUCUUAUCUUUUCUAUGUCUGGUUUCAUCCUUGAACAACAAACCAUGAUGCAUUUUGCCGUCACCGAAGAACAUGUGGUGUAAGUCUGUGUAGAUCUAUGGAAUGAUGUGAUAUUGUUUUUAUGAUGUCCACUGGUAUAGCAUUCUGUUUAUGUAAAUUAUAAUAUGUUGUCACGUUGUAAGUGAUAAAAUAAAAUGCCCCUGAUUCUCGGUCAUGUUGUAGUAGAAUAAAUUUCCGAUGAACUUGACAAUAGGAAUGUGCGUACGGCAGACUGAAUCAUUUGAACAUGUCUGUCUAUAUGGGAUAAAUAUAGCUGAUUUGCACUGUUUUCAAAUGCUAAACACUGGUGUCAGAAGUUUAGUGACCAAUUUCAACAUGACGAUUUCUUUUGGGUUCCUGUUGGAGGGAGUAGUAUUGUUCAGUCUUUGCCUUAAUGUGAUGGGCGUUGUGCGUAUAAUCUCCCAUAUUCCGUGUAACUGUACAUUUUCCCCUAGUGUAACGUUUGUAAGGAUACGUUCAGUAAACCACUCUCCUUCAUGGUACGAGUGAUCGGUUUUGUACAUUUCUGUGUUCAUUAUUGUCAUUUCAUUACUUUGAGCAAUUAAAUGGUCAUCUUGUCUCGGUGAUAUGUUUUUCACAA